CAGAAGGCUCGCUUUGCGACCAACGAGAGGCAGCCGAUUCGGGUAGUUUCUUCUUAACGCGUCGCUGCAAACGUGCACAUCCGUGGGAAAACCGUGUGUCCUCUGGGACCUCUAGCGAGACCAGCGCUGUAUUCAACAUCUCUUUGCACUUGCCGCGUUCAUUCCACCACCAUGUCCUCCACUCAACCCAAUGAGACUCUCUACAUAAACAACCUCAACGACAAAAUCAACAAGGAAGAACUCCGCAGCCAGCUCUACAAUCUCUUCACCACAUAUGGCAGGGUGAUCGACGUCGUAGCCCUCAAGGGCCCCAAAAUGCGCGGUCAAGCGUUCCUCGUGUUCAGCGACCUGGCAGGGGCAACCGCUGCCUUGCGGGCCUGCGAAGGUAUCGUCUUUUAUGAUAAACCGAUGUGACUGGCCAUUUUUCGGGCGCAUGCUACAGCAUAUCCAAUACGCAAAGUCCAGAUCGUAUGCGACUUUCCGUAAAGAAGAUCCCAAUUAUGUCCCGCCUACGUCUUUCCAUGCGAAAGAAACCAUUUCGAGACUGGGCAAUGGCCUUGUUGCUGUGAAUGGACAAAAGCGGCAAGUUGAUCGUAUUGACGAAGGUGAGAGGGAAUCAAAGAGAGAGAGGACUGAAGAGAAUGAGGAUGAGGAAAUGGAGAUCGAGGAGGACGAGGAGGAGGUUGUCAAAGAGGUUCCGAGUCAGAAUACCGUCCCACCAGCCGUCCAACAGCCCUCUGCCCGUUUAUUAUGUACAAACCUCCCCCAGGAAGUUACCGAUGAUGUUCUUUCUGUGCUAUUUCAACAGUACCAAGGAUUCCAAUCGACGCACGUUGUGGUCUCUCCAACACCGAAUGCACAGGGACAGAAAGUCAAAAUGGCCCAGGCGAUCUUCGAUUCACCAGAAUUGGCCUCUGUUGCAAAAGAGUCGCUUGACGGCUUUGCGUUGAAGAAGGGCUGGGCUAUGUCGGUUGCGUACAUCUGAUUUAUUGUAUUUUUCGCUGUAUUCAUAUUCAUCUCAUUUCUCGUCUUCACAAUGCAUGAUUGAUGCUCAUGUGUCGAGUCUGAUACGCGGUACUAUCUCGCAACGGGUCAAAAAAGGUGUUUGAAUGGCAAACAAAUCGCAGCCUAGAUAUACAAUGUGUUAUACAGGUUGUACCAUUAGAUUUUAUUAAUGGGCUACUUCAAGCCUUCUUCAACGCUUUCAAGA